GAUACCCAAUCUUGAAUAGGCCCUAAUCUAAAAAAACAAUUUUGAUUAGGCUAGGUCUAGAUUUAGAUCAAGAAUUUUCAAGAAAAGAUUAAAACAAAAACUAGAGAUCUUCUAGCUAGCCUAGGCAUUUUGGGAUGAAAAUUUGCUUUGAAGAUGGAGCUGAAAUAGAAGAUGAUGAGCCAUUAGAUGAACCUAUAGAUCAUGAACAGGGUGAGAGAGUGGAGAUCAUCAGUGAUGGAGCCACAGGCCAGGUGGAGCCCCAGAAAAGAAUAACAACCAAGUACAUGACAAAAUAUGAGCGGGCCAGAGUUUUAGGAACACGUGCACUGCAAAUAGCGAUGUGUGCCCCUGUGAUGGUGGAGCUAGAAGGAGAAACUGACCCUCUCGCCAUAGCCAUGAAAGAGCUUAAAGCAAGAAAAAUUCCUUUUAUCAUCAGGAGAUAUUUACCAGAUGGGAGUUAUGAAGACUGGGCAUUGGAUGAAUUGAUUAUUGACUGACUCUUAUAUUCUUGUCUAAUAAAAUUUUUUGUACCAUUUUUUUGUGUCACCUUCAU